UGGUACAUUUACCCAAUAGAGGGCACACAUGGUAUCACCUGAGUGUACUAUGCAGUGUGGUAGAGCAAUGAAAGCCAUACCAUUGCCAAAGUGACAACAUUGGACUCCAAACAUGACUCCUGACUAUUGGAUGAUCCAGAUAGACCAGCAAUCCCGGGUGCAAACCAGCAAUGUCCACCCUCAAAUGUAAUACAAGUUUUGUCUUAGAUCUGAUUGGUUCUCAAAGAUUAUUCCUCUUUCUACAUUUUCACUGCAUUUUUUUUAUCUCUUAUGAAACGUCUCUUGUAUAAAGCUCAGGAAAUGUGAGGACACUCAUAACUUCUGCUUCUCAGAAAAACAGUCGCAACAUCUGAGUCUCGGCUAACAUGACUGUCGUCCUCGCCAUUGUGUUCCUGUCUUUAAAUGUGGGAAGAUCUGGAGGGGCCAUCAAACCUGUGGUGACCUUCACACCCAACUGGGGGAAUAUAUUAUAUGGUGACGAUGUGACUCUAACAUGUGAUGUGCCGUCUACUGAGGAGCCCCGGACCUAUCACUGGUACAGAAACCAGACACUGAUAGAGGGAGAUCAACAGAGACUUCAGAUCAUUAGAUCUUCAGUGAUUCGGGACAGAGGAGAUUACAAGUGCCAGACCAUCGGUGGUGAUAUCAGUGAUCCCGUCUUCCUAAAUGUUACAUAUGGUCGUGUCAUCCUACAGAGACCCCCAUCUGCCAUCUAUGAAGGAGACCCCCUGACUCUCAGAUGUCAUCAUGGGAUAUUUUCUAAUGGAACAAACACAACAUUCUACAAGGAUGAUCAGGAGAUAAACUCAUCAGAAUCUGACUCCACAUUCCAUAUUCCUAAUAUAAGGAGGAGUCAGUCUGGACUCUACAAAUGUACUAAAAAAAUAUGCAACAAUGAUUGGUCAUCUGUGUUUGAUCAAUCAGAUGUCUCCUUUAUCUCUGUGAAAGAGCUCUUCUCCCCACCGGAAAUAAAUAUAACUGCUUAUUGGGUAAUAGAAGGAGAUGAGAUGACGGUGAGAUGUGACACCAGACUGGAUCCGCUCAGAGGCGGCACAGAGCUGCACUUUGCCUUCUACAGAGAUGGAUGGAAUGUGCGGGGAUACAAUGUAUCUGAUACAUACAGAGAACGCUCAGCUCGGCUGGAGGAUUCUGGGAAUUAUACCUGUGAAGUGAGGACGGUGUCCGACACUGUGAGGAAGAUGAGUGAUGGGAUCUAUAUCCAUAUAUACAGCCGAGAAGUCUAUGUGACAGUCAUUGCUGUGGGCUCAGCUGGGGUUCUUCUGAUCAUGGUCCUUUCUGCUGCCCUUAUCUGGAGAUGUAAACAUAGAAAAGGGUCUUCUGCUUCUUGUCAAGUAACAUCCCAAGAGACGGCUACAAUGGUAACUGAUGCAAACCCAGAUCCACAAGAUGUUUGCUACCUAGAAUUAAGUCACAUGCCUAAAGGAAAUAAAAUCAGAAAUGAUGGGAUGACCGUCACCUAUGCUACUGUGAAGGAUCCAGAUAUCUGAGCGUGUAUAGGAGACCCAAACCGGCUGGAGCAUCUUCACUGUCCAGGAUGUUAAAAAAAGUUCUUAUGUGGUCAUCAUAUCCCGAAAAUAACUUCAAAGCUAUUAUUAAAGUCAACAGUCAAAAUAAUUGGACUUGAUGGAGUGAAGAAAGAUUAGAACCUUUUAGAUGUUCUCUGUGUCUGAGUUGGGGAAAUGUCACUUCCCUAAUGAAGGGGUCUUUUGUGGCCCUGAAAUGUCACUAUUUUGCCGUGAUGGGAUAAAAAAAAGCUUUGGACCCUUUUUGGAGAUCCUUUUGUACUGGUGACAUAUCCUUCAAUCCCAGUUGGGGAAAUUUUCCCUCACUCGCUCUGCUGGCUGACACCCAUCAGGGGACAGAAAGUAAGGAUGAAUCUCCCCUGCUGGCACACAUAUAACAAUGAAAACCGGACAGAGGUUCUAAUCCUACAUUAAAAAAGUUUUGUCCGGAGUUUUUUAUCAGUAAAUGGAGCAUUUAUCUUCAGGGCCGCUAAUAGGGGUGGGCCACCGGUCCUCUUGUAGGGGGCCAGAACACACAGUGGAGCCCACACAGCAGAGCCCACACAGGGAAGGAGAAUAGUGAUGGACGACAAUUGCAGAACUUAUCCUCCAGCAGCUGAAAGCUGGUCUCUCCCCCUCUCCCUGCUGCCAGCUUUUAUAUGCUGAGAAAGAGACAGUCCUCCAUCACUAAUUCCCCUCCCUGUGCUGGCUCUAAUGUUAGCUCCGCUCCUGAGUUUGUUAUCUCUGUAACUUUGUUUUUCUCCCUCUGUCUCUCUGAUCCCGGCACUCCUGCCUCUGUCUCUCUGAUCCUGGAGCUCCUCCCUCU